UAUUACCCUUACCUCUCCUACUCAACCCCGUCACCUCCUACCGGCACUCAUGUGAUCAGUUACCUUACUUUCUCUCUCUAGAAAAAUUUCCUUGCAGAUCCAUACACCUCCACAAACCCAAAAUCCUAAUCUAUCUUAGCCCACCACACAAAUCUUAGAGGACAUUUUUUCUCUCUCUCUCUCUUCCUUUUCUACGAGGAGGGAAGGCCAUGUGAACUGUUUGAAUUUGACUGUAAUUACCACAUUUGUCAGUCAGUCAGUCUAUUGGUCGUAUUGGUGUACCCAAGAUGAGUAUUGGUAAGGGUUGUGAGAAAUUAGGAAGAAUGAUGCCAGGGAAUGUGUCUGUGAGUGCUUACUCGUCUUCUCUUCUACUAUCCCCAGUUCUUUCUGUUUGGGAUUGUAUUGUUCGUAAAAUGAUGUACUCCUUCAAACCUGAGUGGGUGUAGGUAUCGGUUUUUAGUUUUCGACGUCAUAUUAGUUUUCAAUUCCGGAACGUACUAGAAUUUAUUUAGUGUUAAAUAUUAAAAAGGAGAAAGAGAAAAACAAAAGAUAUAGAGAUAAUGCAUGUGUCUUAGAGAAGUUUUCUUGUUGAAAAAAAGUUGAACAAGCAAGGCUAAGUAGUUGGAGGGGUUGGUAGUGUGUUAUUGGAUAACAUGGAAUCUGCCAAGCUGCCAUCUGGAUCUGGAGUUAGAAAAGUGAAGAAGAAGCAAGUGAAGGAUGAGUUGGAUCGUCUCAAACAGGCUGAGAAGAAAAGGCGGCGCUUGGAGAAAGCCCUGGCUACUUCAGCAGCCAUCAUUUCAGAGCUGGAAAAGAAGAAACAGAAAAAGAAAGAAGAACAGCAGAGGCUUGAUGAGGAGGGCGCUGCGAUUGCUGAGGCAGUUGCCCUGCAUGUCCUACUAGGUGAAGAGUCGAACGAUUCAUGUAAGAUCAUGCUGAAUAAGGAUGAUGAGGGAUUCAACCCUUGGGAUUGUGCUAGCAAUGAUGACCCCGUCAUGGGUGAAUGUAGAGCACUCCUUCCCCAUCAGGACUUCUCGAAACAUUCACUUGAAGAAGUUGGGUGGUUGUCUAAUGCUUACAUAUCUGGAUAUGAGUGGAAUGACGGGGGACACAGUGACUGGUCAAUCUCGUGUGGACAUUUUGGGAGGGAUCUCCAUACCUCAUAUUUUGAUGAGGGAUGUUGGGAUACUACAGAGAUUUCUGCAGGUCUUAUUGCGGCACAGGCUGUUUCUUCACUCCAAAUUGCAGAAGACUCCCACGUAGACCAGUUGGUCUUUGGCAGAAUGCUAAGAGGAGAGUAAGAUGAAGAGCCUCUGUUAUGUAGUCUGGUCACUUGAUAGUGUCCUACUCUUGGUAUGGUUCUCAAUAAUGCCCUGUAUAUAUUUACGGCGCAUGUGCCCCUUCUUAUUUACUGGAUAUCAUGUUUGUUCCAUUGAACACUGUUCCUCAAUUCGGCUCUCAAGCUUCGUUUUUUCAUGUUAUUCUGAGAGCUUCGUAUAUCCUUGUUGAAUGGUACGCAACUAUGAGACGCCAAAGACUUGAUCUUUGUUUACUCUAGGCAAAAAACAUUGGUCAAUGGAGCUUGAGGUUUUUUUGUGGUCCCUUAAUAUUUCACAGUUUUAUCAUCUCCUUAAUAUUUCACAGGUACUAUUUCUUGAUUA